GCCGGCCGGACCACCCAGAGCCAGAAGCGCGUCGCCAGCCAACUAUCGCCGCUGAUAACCAACCCAAUCCAACCUAACCCAACCCUGCUCUCUGCCGACGCGGAUUCGAAUCCGAGGACGAUCGAUGACGGUGGGCGCCGGCAUCGCCGUCCAGGACGGCAGCCUCCUGGCGCUGGGCGCCAAGGUCCUGCGGGAGGUGCGCGGCAACGUGCUCGUGACGCCGGCCGCCGGCGGGGGCCUAACCAACGGCGCGUUCCUCGGCGUCCGGUCCGCGCCCGCCGCCAGCCGCAGCAUCUUCCCCGUCGGGAAGCUCCGGGACCAGCGGUUCGUGUGCACGUUCCGGUUCAAGAUGUGGUGGAUGACGCAGAGGAUGGGCUCCGCAGGCCGCGACAUCCCCUCCGAGACGCAGUUCCUGCUGGUGGAAGGGUCCGGCGGCGGCGAGCAGCCCGUCGUGUACACCGUCUUCCUCCCCGUGCUGGAGGGCUCGUUCCGUGCCGUUCUUCAGGGGAACGCCGCCGACGAGCUGGAGAUCUGCCUGGAGAGCGGCGACCCGGACGUGGAAUCUUUCCAAGGCUCCCAUCUGGUCUUCGUUGGCGCCGGAUCGGACCCGUUCGAGGUCAUCACAAGUUCAGUCAAGGCUGUCGAGAGGCACUUGCAGACGUUCUCUCACAGGGAGAAGAAAAAGAUGCCAGACAUUCUGAACUGGUUUGGCUGGUGCACGUGGGACGCGUUCUACACCAAUGUCACCGCCCAGGGAGUGAAGCAAGGAUUGCAGAGCUUGGAAAAAGGCGGGGUCUCUCCUAGGUUCGUCAUAAUCGACGACGGAUGGCAGUCCGUCGCCAUGGACCCUGUGGGAAUCGCUUGCCUAUCUGACAACUCAGCCAACUUCGCAAACAGGCUGACUCACAUCAGGGAGAACCACAAGUUUCAGAAAAAUGGCAGGGAGGGUCACAGGGAAGAUGACCCAGCGAAGGGCCUAGCACACGUCGUCAAUGAGAUUAAGGGGAAGCAUCAGCUCAAGUAUGUGUACGUAUGGCAUGCCAUCACCGGAUACUGGGGCGGAGUGAGGCCGGGUGCAGCUGGAAUGGAGCACUACGGAUCAAAGAUGCAGCGGCCCGUGCCAUCGCCGGGGGUUCAGAAGAACGAGCGCUGCGACGCCCUGGACAGCAUGACGGCCAACGGGCUGGGCCUCGUGAACCCUGACAGGGCGUUCAGUUUCUACGACGAGCUCCACUCGUACCUCGCGUCUGCCGGGAUCGACGGGGUGAAGGUGGACGUGCAGAACGUCCUCGAGACGCUGGGCGCCGGCCAUGGCGGGAGGGUGAUGCUGGCGAGGAAGUACCAGCAGGCUCUGGAAGCGUCCGUCGCCAGGAACUUCCCUGACAAUGGCAUCAUAUCGUGCAUGAGCCACAGCACGGACAACUUGUACAGCUCGAAACGGAGCGCGGUGAUUAGAGCCUCUGACGAUUUCUGGCCGAGAGACCCCGCUUCCCAUACCAUACACGUCGCGUCCGUCGCUUAUAACACCGUCUUUCUUGGGGAGUUCAUGCAGCCAGACUGGGACAUGUUCCAUAGUGUUCAUCCCAUGGCUGAGUACCAUGCUGCGGCUCGAGCGGUUGGUGGCUGUGCCAUAUAUGUCAGCGACAAGCCUGGGAGCCAUGACUUCAAUCUGCUCAAGAAGCUCGUGCUUCCCGACGGAUCGAUCCUGCGCGCAAAGCUCCCCGGGAGGCCAACCAGAGACUGCCUCUUCUCUGACCCCGCAAGGGACGGCAAAAGCGUUCUCAAGAUAUGGAACCUGAACGAACACUCCGGCGUCGUUGGCGCCUUCAACUGCCAAGGCGCCGGCUGGUGCCGGGUAGCCAAGAAGAACCUCAUCCACGACCAGCAGCCCGGAACGGUGAGCGGCGUCAUCCGGGCGCAGGACGUGGAGCACCUUGGAAGGGUGGCUGAUCACGGCUGGAACGGCGACGUGGUCGUGUAUUUGCACGUGGGAGGGGAGGUGGUGUACCUGCCGAAGAACGCCUUGCUGCCUGUGACGCUGAGAUCGCGCGAGUAUGAGGUGUUCACCGUCGUCCCUCUCAAGCACCUGCCAAACGGUACCUCCUUUGCGGCGAUCGGCCUUCUCGGCAUGUUCAACUCCGGUGGCGCGGUGAGGGAGCUGAGAUUCGGUGGUGAGGAUGCCGACGUCGAGCUCAGAGUGCGGGGCUCGGGCACGGUCGGAGCUUAUUCCUCGACCAAGCCAACGUGUGUCGCCGUCGAUUCCAAGGCGGUUGGUUUCUCCUACGAUGCCACCUGUGGCCUCAUCAGCUUCGAGCUCGGCAUUCCCGACCAAGAAAUGUACUUGUGGACGGUUACAGUAGAGUAUUGAAGUUACAACUGAGAAUUGAGAUAGAUUUUCUAAUGCGUCAGAGAACGCCCGGUGGUGUAGGUAUUCUGAUUUAUUCAGUGUUGUACUUUCUAUUGUUAGUUAUAUAUAUUCUGUACACAUCCCGGGAUUUUAUGAC